AAUGUACGGAAUUGUAUCUGUAGUGGAGGAAUUUAGUGGGCUUGUCGAUUUGUUUGGCGCCCGGCAUGGGAAAUGUAUAAAAGAUUGCCGGUUUCGUUGGGUAUUCAUUAGUCAAACUCCGUGUUGGCUAAACGUCCAAUCUCUGCCGUGUUUGUGGUUCUAGUUCAGACAAUCAAAAAUCAGAAAAAAUGGAUUUCUACUAUUCAGCUGGAUCUGCCCCAUGCCGUUCAGUCUUGUUGACUGCUAAGGCUCUUGGCAUCGAAUUGAAUUUGAAAUCUACGAACUUGAUGGCUGGCGAACAUCUCACCCCAGAGUACUUGAAGAUGAACCCACAACACACCAUCCCAACAUUGAACGACCACGGCUUUAGCCUUUGGGAAUCCCGUGCCAUCAUGGUCUACUUGGUAGAAAAAUACGGCAAAACAAGCUCCUUGUACCCAACUGAUGUCCAACGCCGUGCCGUCGUCAACCAGAGAUUGUACUUCGAUAUGGGUACCCUCUAUCAACGCUUUUCUGAAUAUUUCUAUCCACAAAUUUUCGCCAAGGCUCCAGCUGAUCCUGAGAAACUCAAGAGGUUGGAGGAAGCUUUCGGCUUCUUGAACACAUUCCUCGAGGGAAGCAAAUAUGCUGCUGGCGAUAGUCUCACAUUGGCUGACCUUGCUUUGGUCGCCACCGUAUCCACCAUUGAAUUGGUCAAGGAGUUUGAUAUCAACAAAUAUCCAAAGGUUGCUGCUUGGUAUAAAUUGUGCAAGGAAACCGUACCUGGAUAUGAUAUCAAUCAGGCUGGUGUUGAUGAGUUCAAGGCAAAAUUUUUAAGUUAAAU